GAACGUCCUUCUAAUCCGCAAUGUAGCCAAGGACCAAAACCAAUUUUAUUGAGGAACCAAUCGUUUGAGGUGGACUUCGGGAUAGGCGCAGGCGAUCGCACAAGUGAAUCAUCUCAUACACAGCCAAGAUUGCAACAAUUUCAUGGAGACAUGAAGCGGAUAUUAUUCUGGAAUGAAUAUUUCCAGUCGAAGAAUUACGAAUUCGGAUUGGGACACGAGCCUUUCGUCAAGGCUGGCUGCCAGUUUAGCAACUGCGUGACAACAGACGAUCGAAAACUUUUAAAUGUUAGUGACGCAGUUCUUUUUCACGCCAUGGAUUUCGACGAAUUAGAUUUCCCCAGUUUAGUCAUCCGCCGUUCGGAUCAGCGCUUCAUCUUCUACAAUUACGAGACGUGCGUCGGAGAAAAAGACAUGCCCGUUUUCGUUUGGACCAAGGACUUUUUCAACUGGACUAUGACUUACCGGCGUGACUCGGACAUUUAUGAUCCACAUCCGUACGGAUCAAUCCGGAGGCGAAGUGACGUUCUUCGGCCAUCGCUCGUUAUGCCAAGAGCUCUACACCCGGAAAUGACACCCGCUUAUCCGGCCGCUUUGAUUCAACCGUGGAACAAGUCGCGGUCGUUAGUGACUAAAAAAACCAAAAUGGUCGCCUGGUUUGUCUCCCACUGCCACACUGACGGCCUCAGAGAAGAAUAUUUUGGCCAACUUGGCAAAUAUGUUGGGAUUGACGUUUACGGCCGGUGUGGCAAGUUGAAUUGUUUGCCGUCGAGGAGUUCAAAGUGCGAUCAGCUGCUAGACAGCUACAAGUUUUACGUGGCAGCCGAGAACGCCAUCUGCACCGACUACGUCACAGAGAAAUUCUACCGGGCAUUGUCAUCCGACAUUGUGCCCAUCGUCUACGGUGGUGUCGAUUACUCCUCGUACGCUCCACCUUUAUCUUAUAUUGACGUCAGCGAUUUCAAAUCUCCCAAAGAUUUAGCCGAUUAUUUAAAGUUGUUGGACGAAAACGACGGCCUCUACUUGAAAUAUUUUGACUGGAAAAAAGAUUACGAAGUAGUCAGUCGGCCUGUGACGGGUUGGUGCGAACUUUGCGAGAAGCUCAACGAUCCUCACCAGAGACCAAAAGUGUACAAAGACAUUAGCGAUUGGUGGUUUCAAAACGAUAUGGCUUGUGUUUCCGGGGGUAAUUUCCUUUCAGGCUCUCUUGGCGUUGAUCUUCACCAACGUCCAUUGAAGUCAAUUUAAUACAUUCAGUCACAUAUGCUAUCCCAUGAAACAAAAUCCACAUAGGAAAAUCCUACCCAUUCCUUCCGAGGUAUUUUUUCGUUGAGUUUUUUUAAAAAACGAGUGAGUGUCGCGUUCAAAUUUUCACGUAAACGAUCUUAAUUGUAUAUUUCUUAAGUUUUAGUCGGCGAUUGUUAUCUUCAGUCGUUCUGCAUGAUGUAGUUCUUAUUUAAAAUUAAGAAGAAUAGGUGUUGGUGUUUUAUUAUUAGCGUACUCGAAUGCACAUAUUACCUAAAAAAUAAGUUAUCAGAUCGUUUAUUUGGACCAAUCUUUUGUGACAUUAACAUAUAUUGGUGUAAGAAAUAGAUGGCUUCCAAUGUUUAUGUAGCGUUGUAGCCUACUACGUUACCAGUAAAACUUACAGAAUAAAUAAUUAGCUAUUAUAAUUUUCUAAGAAUAAACAAUUUACAAAAAAAAUCGUAAUCGCCUGUUGCUGGUUUUUUUCAAAAAGAACUGGUCGUUUUUUUAAAGCUGUUAUUGCUCCAUUCGAGUAGACCUACGAUUAAAAAUAAGCGAUUUGGUAUCCAUGUUGUU